CGUACAGCAAGAUGGCGGCGCCCAGGACAUAGGCUCCUCCCCAUUCUUCCCGGCAUGCCUUGAGGAUUCGACGACUCUUUCCAUCGGUUGGGAAGAUGGCGGCUCCCGUUGAAGCAGUUCAGCCACUGGUGCAGUAUCUGGUUCUGCGAGGGGACUUGGCGCGGGCUCCGUUCUCGUGGCCGUUAGGAGCGCUGGUGGCACAGGGGUGUCAUGCGGCCAUCGCGGCCUUGCAUGCCCACCGCGACCACCCAAAUACUGCGGCUUAUCUCCAGGAUCUGGGGAGCAUGCGCAAAGUGGUCCUUGAGGCUCCAGAUGAGGCUGCCCUGGUGGCGCUGGCCGAGACCCUGAAACAGAACAACAUUGACCAUAUGCUGUGGCUGGAGCAGCCAGAAAACAUUGCCACCUGCAUAGCUCUUCGGCCUUACUUCAAAGGGGAGGUGAACACACAUUUGAGGAAGUUCAAGUUACUGAAGUAACCAUCAUAUGUGAGAGCAAUUUUGGACAAAUGGGACCCAGAAUCUGCAUGCCGCCCAUCUCUUGGCAUCUCUGCAAAAAGUGUGUCAAACCAUUGACACACCCCACCUUUGCCUUCAAUACUGGCAGUUUCUUUAGAGGUAGUUGCAAGCAGAUUAAUUUUUGAGUAAAUUUCAACAAAUAAAUAGUUCCUCUUUCUGUGAACGUGGGAAAGGUGGAUGAACAACAA